AUGAAAGAACUGAAAUAUUCAGACGGGGAGGAAUCUCCGUACUUUCCCGUCACUCUUGGCCUCUUCGAGAAAUCCUUGACGAAUGCGUAUAAAUACAACGCAACUGUUGUAUACUUAGCCCCCCAGCAGGAAGGUGAAGGGCCGGGUUGCAAGACAGAGGUACGUGAGGAAGUCUUCGUGCAACCCGACCGCCCUUGGCUGAGGGAUGCUGAGGGCCCGGUUGCACGGAGAACGUUGGACGUCUCCACAGGCCGAUAUGAUUCGGCCCCAGUGGGGCCUCGUCCAGAGCACGACCGUGACCUCGAUUGUGAUGUUGUGUCUGAUCUCAUCCUCGUCGUCCGGACACGCCAAGAUGCCUCCCAUCGUCGUAUUCGAUUCAUAUUCACGUACUACAUACCCAUCCGUCAGGCGAAAGAGCGGUACCAAGAAGUGAAGCUAUAUUGA